AUGCCUGCCAAGAUACAUAUUUCAGCAAACGGUGAGUUUUGCGAUAAAGAUGGUAAUGUGAUCCAAUUGCGAGGCGUCAACUUGGAUCCCUCGGUUAAGAUUCCUGCCAAACCAUUCUUAUCGACCCAUGCUCCCAUAGCGGAUGGCGCUUUUUUCGAGGAUGCUGAUAAGGUCAGCUUCAUCAAUCACCCCUUAGUCCUCGAGGAUAUCGAAGAGCAUAUCAUUAGAUUGAAGUCAUUAGGCUACAAUACCAUCCGUUUACCCUUUACUUGGGAGUCGCUCGAACAUGCCGGCCCGGGACAGUACGAUUUUGCCUAUAUGGACUAUAUUGUCGAAGUAUUAACCAGAAUAAACGGCGUUCAGCAUGGAAUGUACGUUUAUUUGGAUCCUCAUCAGGACGUUUGGUCUAGAUUUAGCGGCGGAUCCGGAGCACCGCUAUGGACUCUAUACUGUGCAGGUUUCCAGCCGGCGAACUUCCUAGCCACUGACGCUGCCAUCCUACAUAACUAUUAUAUUGAUCCAAAAACAGGCAGAGAAAUCGGCAAAGACGAGGAGGCGUACCUUAAGAUGGUUUGGCCUACCAAUUAUUUCAAAUUGGCAUGCCAAACAAUGUUUACGCUAUUCUUUGGUGGUAAACAAUAUGCUCCGAAAUGCACAAUUAAUGGAGAGAAUAUUCAAGAUUAUUUGCAAGGAAAGUUUAAUAAUGCCAUCAUGACAUUGUACGCAAGAAUAAAAGACAAGGCUCCCGAGUUAUUCGACAACAACUGCAUUAUCGGAUUAGAGUCCGUAAACGAACCAAACUGUGGUUACAUUGGUGAGACAGAUCUUGAUGUCAUUCCGAAAGAGAGAGAUUUGAAGUUGGGUAGAACUCCGACAGCAUUUCAAAGUUUCAUGCUGGGCGAAGGCAUCGAAAGUACCGUAGACCAAUAUAAGAGAACAUUUUUUGGGUUUUCUAAGGGGAAGCCGUGCACAAUUAACCCUGGAGGCAAAAAAGCUUGGCUGAGUGCACAAGAGAGAGAUGCGAUAGAUGCAAAAUACAAUUGGGAAAGAAAUCCUGAAUGGAAACCAGACACUUGUAUUUGGAAACUGCAUGGCGUUUGGGAAAUUCAUGAAAGCGGAGGCCCCGUUUUACUUAAAUCAGAUUAUUUUAGCCAAGCCGAUGAAGCUGUUUUUAUAAAUAAUCAUUUUGUGGAGUAUUACACUGGAAUAUACAACAAGUUUAGGGCUUUUGAUAAAGAAUCAUUCAUUAUCAUACAACCACCAGUAAUGAAGCCACCACCCAAUUUACAAAAUUUUCCGAUUUUAGAUGAUAAAACAAUAUGUGCAUGUCAUUUUUAUGAUGGAAUGACACUAAUGUACAAAACAUGGAAUAAGCGGAUCGGCAUAGACACGUAUGGUCUGGUAAACAAAAAGUAUUCAAAUCCUGCCUUUGCAGUGGUCCUUGGUGAAAAUAGUAUACGAAAAUGCAUUAGGAAACAAUUGUCAGAAAUGCAAAAAGACGCCAAAUCUAUGCUUGGCAAGAAUGUGCCUGUAUUUUUCACCGAGAUCGGUAUACCAUUUGAUAUGGAUGACAAGAAGGCGUACACCACGAACGACUACUCUUCUCAGACCGCUGCGUUGGAUGCUCUUGGGUUUGCAUUGGAGGGAAGCAAUCUUUCAUACACUUUAUGGUGCUAUUGCAGUAUUAAUUCGCAUGCAUGGGGUGACAAUUGGAAUAAUGAAGAUUUUUCGAUCUGGUCCCCGGAUGACAAACCACUGUACCGUGAAACUCGAUCAAAAACACUAACACGAGAGCCAUCCCCAGCCUCUACGGCAACUUCGGUAUCCACUUCCAAAUCAAAAUCGAGCUCUUCUUCGCAACCGCCAAGUUUUAUAAAGCCAGAUGAUGAUUUGGACUUGGAUAGUGCAUCAUGCACUUUAAAGACAGACUUGUCGGGGUUUAGGGCUCUUGAUGCAAUAAUGAGACCAUUUCCGAUGAAAAUACAUGGAACAUUCGAAUUUGCUGAAUUUAAUCUAAGUAAUAAGUCCUAUACUUUGAAAUUAAUUGGUAGAACGACACCCGAAACGACCACAGUUCCCACAUGCAUUUUCUUACCACGCCACCAUUUUGCACCUAACCAUUUAUCGAUCCGUUCAUCAUCGGGUCGUUACGCUUACAAUACAAACUACCAAGUACUCGAAUGGUUUCACGAACCAGGUCAUCAAUAUAUUGAAAUAUGUGCAAAGUCAAAAUCAAGGUGUAGUACCCCUGUAAGUGAUGAUUCGAGCGACCUGUCAGCGGAAUGCAUCAUCAGCUAA